UUCAGGAUGAGCAAGCCAUGGAUUGAGAUCAAAGAGGACCAACAGCACGCAAUAGAGCACUUUUGUAUUCCUAGACACUACUCCAGCGAUGUGUCCAGCAUUCUUAUUCCUCAUGGUUUGAUUCGCGACCGUGUUGAAAAGCUUGCACAACUGAUUGCUGCAGAUAGCACUAAACCAUUGGUUGCAUGCUGCGUUCUCAAGGGAGCACACGGUUUUUUUGCCAACUUGACCGAGCAUCUUAAAAAACUUCUCAACAAGGAGGGCAAAUCUAUCCCCAUGAGUUUUGAAUUUAUCAAGGUCAAAAGCUACGAGAAUGAUCAAUCUGUUGGAGAUGUCAAGAUUUCGUUGUCUGAGGAAGAUUUAAAGGGCUUUCGUGGUAAAGAUCUGCUGAUUGUAGAAGAUAUUGUCGAUACAGGCAAAACCAUGGUUGGCUUGACUGAGCUGUUGAAGAAAUAUCAACCGGCAAGCAUCAAAGUUGUCAGUUUAUUACUCAAAAAAACCGAUCGCAGCAACAACUAUGUCCCAGACUAUGUUGGCUUCUCCAUUCCGGAUCUCUUUGUUGUUGGAUACUGUCUUGACUACAACGAGGUAUUUCGUGAUCUGGAUCACAUUGCUGUCAUUAGCGAAACUGGCAAGGCAAAAUACACCGUUUGACUAUAGCUCCAUUUCUGCCAUUUCCAAAUGAAGCUCCUCCAGUUUCUCAUUG